AUGUGCUGCAUUUCUAGGGAAAUUGAUGAAGUUAACAAAGUGAUUAAAAUCGUUUUGGAACGUGGUAGCACAGAUCUGGCUGGGUACCUAAGAAAACAUCCAGAUAAAAUAACCGUGGAUUUUAUAAAAAUGUGUUGGAGGAAAAUGUUAGAUGCUGUUGAUGUGAUACACAAAGCAGGGAUUAUUCAUACUGAUUUAAAGCCUGCAAACUUCCUGCUGGUGGAAUGGAAUCUCAAAUUAAUUGAUUUUGGAAUAGCCAAUGCAGUCCAGGUAUGUUUCCGCCAAUAAUAUUGUCCAGGGUUACAACUAUUGGUAAAUGGUGAAAGCACUCCAAAAGACACUUAAUACAAUAUACACUAGUAUACACUAGGGUAAAACACGUAUGUAAAAAUCAAGCCACAAUCAGGAAAACUUUAUCAUAUAUAAUCCCUGCAGAUUCAUGCGGGUAUAUGACAAUCUCGAAAUUAGAGAACAUACACUCGAAAAGCUACUUUGCUCAUUUAUUGUGAAUAAAUGUCAAAUUGGUUUUCGAAAAAACUCGUGCAGCAGAUCAUUUACUAGUUUUAAGUCAAAACGUAAACCAAUUUUUACUUGUUUCAUCGACUUUAGAAAAGCCUAUGAUAGUGCAUGUAUGGAGAGAAGGCCUUUUCUCCAAACUUGUGCAAUACGGUUUUUGUUUAUAGAAAUUCAAGUAGUAAUAAUAGUGGUUUAAUUCUCAUAUAAUCUUCAGUUAAUUAUUUGAUAAAGUUGUAUAAUAAAGGAAGUACUCCAUUUUUAAGUCACGAUUGGAGUAAAACAAAAAUGUAAUUUGAAUCCUACUUUAUUCAACAUGUUUACACUUGUAUAAAAUGAUAUUAAGAGGCAAUUUUUUUCAAUGUCACGUAUUUGCAAUGAGAAGUAUUCAAAACCUAAAAUCUUUUUGGCGUUCCUCUCAAAAUUACUUUGUUAAUUUUUAAAUGCAUCUGCCGGUUGAGAAACAAUAGUUAAAUAAAAUAAUAGUUAAAAAUUGUCAAUUAAAAUACAAUUAUCAAUGAUGCUAUAAAAUUGACGCCGUAUAUUUACAGCCAUAUAUAUAUAUAUAUAUAUAUAUAUAUAUAUAAGCAAAACUUACUGAACUUCAGACAUCAUUUUCUCUUUGGCGUAUCAUCUAAAAGCACUGAUUAUUUUACAGAUAAAGCACUAAACAUACUUUUUAAGUUUGUUUGCCGAUUGAGAAACGUGUCGAAAAAUAAAAAUUUUGAAUUUGGUCAUAACCUCAAGUGGUAUAUUACGCAUUAGUUUUGAGCGCGUAGACUAUUUGGUCUUAUCUGAAUCCAAGUAUAAUUUACAAAAUUGCACAAGAAACCGAGAUUGAACAUUAGUUUUAAAAAAUCCAAAAUGUUAUUGACUGUUUGGAACACCAAUCUAAAGACAUGCACAUUUAUCAUCAAAAUUGAUUAUUUGAAAAUAACGUUUUAGAACAAAUAGACGAAAAUUGUUACCAUUACUAUUAGUUUUCAUUUUUCUGGUAAUAACACAAAAAAUACUGAUGGAAAAGCAUUAUGUGCUUAUUUAUAGUUCGUUCAAAAGUUUUUCAAUUUUUUGAAUUUAUUAAAUAUUUAUACAGGAACAUCUGAUUCAGCAUAGCUAUAGUUUAAACAAAGUCCUACUCCUGUCUACAAUAUUAUACUACAAAUAUAUGAGUACAAUAUGUAUAUAUCUAGGAGAAACGUUUGAGAGUGUCCGUAAAUUGUUCAUAUACAGUAGGAAAUGAAGAUUUAAAAUGACGUUUUAAUCUGGUCUUAAAUGCUGAAAUUCGUUGAUAUUCCGAACAUUUAGGGAACACAUUGAACGUACGUAGAAAAUGGGCCAAUUUAAUUGUAAAACACUUCUAAAACAUUUCUCCUCAAUGCUAGUUCCAGUUUACUUUGGGCCCCAUACUUGGUAAAAUUGAUUCUUUCGAUAUGUUUAAAACACAUCUAGAAAAAUUUAGAAAUAGCAAAUCACGUAGAAAAACUUAAUUCAUUUAAAAUUCUGAAAAAGACUCUAGCUAUAAGGUGUUCACUCAAAAUCUACAAUUCUGGCUGUUUGUGCUGAACUGGGAACUGUUAUCAUUAAUUAUACAAAUAACUACAUUCAUAACAAAAGAUUGGUUUCGCAUCAAAAGUUCAUCAUUCACAGAUACUCUUGCAUAAUACACUCUGACACAGGCUACCUGGCAAGUAAACGCCCUAUAUGCUGGGUUAGGGUAAAUUUUUUAAACUGGUUAAAACAUGAGCGGCCGAUCUUUAUCUGAUAUAUAACGUGCUUAAAAAACGACCCAUCUUAUGACUUCAUUGGCGAAGUAAUUUUAAAAAUAAACAUUGUCUAAGCCGAGAAAAUCAAAGCUGAAGUUUAUGUAAAUCAGGACAAAUCUUUAUCCGAUUUACAAACAUUGAUUAAACAUUCAUUUCUUUUGAAUUUUCGUCAUGAAUUCAUUUUAUUAAUGAGUGUUUGAAGUACUAUUUAAAACAUGAGCAGCAGUGAGUGUUUUAUCAGAUAUAAAGAUACGAGGCGAAGCCGAGUAUCUUCAGGUCUGUAAAAACACUUCUGCUCAUUUUAAAAAAUACGUUGUGUAAGUCGAGAAAAUCAAAGUUAAAGUUUAUGUAAAUCAAGGGAAAUCUCUAUCUAUCAAGAAUAAUUGAACGCCUUCAGACACAGCAUUAACAGUUCUGAAUGAUAAUGUCAAAUAGAAUAAGGUAGUUGUCUACUCCAAAUCAUUGAUCAAUGUAAAGUUAAUGGAUAAUAAUGAAAUAUUUUGAUUUAGAGUGAUGUAACAAGUUUCUAUCGUGAUACCACUGUUGGAACAUUAAGUUAUAUGUCACCUGAAGCAUUGAAAGAUGUCUCACAAUCAUAUGACCAAAACGAACAAUGUAAACCGACGAUGAAGGUAAGGUUUAUGUGUUAUAAAUUUACCUUUAAACCCUUGCAACUUUGCUGCCAAUUUCAAUAGGCUUUUGCAGACUUUUCGUGCCAAACAAAACAUCCGCAAGUGUUUGAAAUAAUCCAGGAUCUCUACAGCAUUGCACUACGCCUUACGCGAAUACAUCCGUCUCGUGGUCAUAUGACCACACACUCGGAGUACAAUUUUCACGAUAUGACGGAGCAUAUACCAAAGCCCAUGGGUCCCGUGGCUGUGGCUUUGGCUGAUAACACUUGCCCUGAUCAUGGUCUAUAUAAAGUAGGGCGCUUGCAACAGUACAGGGCAGUGCAAUGCCAGUCAUCUGAUUGAUCGACAUGUGAUGAAGCAGGGCCUGGGGCGAGCGUGUUUUUACGCAAAAAUCAAAGCAAAAAAGAUUUUCAUUUUUUGACAACUUUUUCGAUUAUUUCUCAUUUUUUUACUUGUGGAAAAAAUAGGCCGCCGAGAGGAUUCGGGGAGUUGUAACAUUUUUCGAACCUUCAUAUAUUUUCUUCUUUUGUGAAAUUUGCCUAAUUCUCAAGUAGCAUUGUACUUAAUUUAUUGCAUAUUAACAGGCGCUAAUGUUGCUAGGAUUAGUUUUCUCAGUUAGGGGGCUCCCUACAGUUGAUACUAGAAGUGAAAACACGAUUGUAAAAUGGAAUCACGAUAAUUCUAAAAUCUUGCUAUUACAAAAUGUUCCGGUCCUGUCUUGCUUGGGGGCCACUUUUUUAUCUGGGGGCCCUGGCCAGAGUCUCUCCCUCGCCAUCUUGGCGGCCCUGGAAAGAAACGUAUUCAUGUUUAAGAAUAAAAUAUUGCUUUUUCUGUGGAAACAUUGCAUUUUUCGUGUUGUAUCAACCGUGGUAGUAAUUUAAUGUGGAACUUUGUCUUUGCUCUUAUCCGAUCUCCAUGGCGGCGAGGAUAAUAACAGUCAGUACCUUAGAAUGUGGGUAUGUUUACUCGCAGAAGAAUCAGUCCCAAAAGGUUUUAUUUAGAUGGAAUUUUAGAAAAACACUUAUCAGCUAUCUCUUGCCAAAAACGUAUGAUGUUGGCAAAGUUUUAACCAAAGUUUUGCAUGUUUACAACAAUUAGAUACUUGGUAAAUUGUGUCACAUACGCGCUUAAUUUAGGCUAACAACAUGGUUCAGUGAGUUGUCAUUUUUCUGAGCCCCAAUAAUAAUACCGCUACCACAUACAUGCAAUUCAAUGAAUCUUACUUUAAGAUCUAACAUACAAGCGUUUAAAACUGUUGAAUAUAUGGGAUGUUUCAGCCCGAUUUUAGCUCUUAAGGUAAUUCCGCAGUUUUGCAUUGCGCACUUUUAUUGCGCACAUCUUAUAACUUAUAAUUUCAUCCAUUACACGUACCGUUUAAAAAAAUAUCAUUUUAUGACAAUUUUAUGUGUCUGUAGUAUAUUUAUUUACUUGUAUUUCACGUUUUAAUGCCACAAUUCCCUAAAAAGAUCGGUGACCCUCGUUUUUAACUGAUAAUUUAUUUCUUUAAUGCAUUUUACAUUUCAUAUCCGAAAUUAAAAGAAAAAUCAUUUCUGGAUCUUGAAAAAAAAUGCUUUAUUAAUGCAUGUUCUCAAAGAAAGAUAUGUAAAGAAAUGUGGAAAAGACAUUUGUGGAUCAGAAUUGUACACGUUAGUAGUUUCAUUUUGCUCAAAACACAAUAUUUUUUCAAAAAUAAUUACAAGAUAGGUUUACUAAAGCAAAAUCCGCCCUAAAAACGUCAAUAUAAAUAUCGUGCUGUUGUGAGUUUGCUGUUACUCGUAAUGAGCGUCAAGAUGGCGCCAUAUUGGGGUAAAGGUGGUAUAUUGUGAUUGUCAUAUCUUCUUAACGAGUUCGGUGACCCCGACUUUUUUUGUGUGAUUUUACUUUAAGUAUAUCAUAAACUCCAUGCCUGGGAAGUUUCAGCACAUUCUCAUUUCGGGAACAAUUACUGCGGAAUUACCUUAACACGCGCAUACACAAAAAUUAUCUUAUACAGUACGGGGAAAUUCUCCCUGUUCAACAAAAAUACUAUGAAGAAAUUGUGAUAAAAAUACUGCGCACAUAGCUUGGUUAUGAUGGGGGAUCGAAGCUGCUGGGAGAGGACGUUUCACAGACUCUAGUUUAAAAAUGUUCUGGGGGAGCAUACCUGUAUACUCCCAUGUGGUUGUAUUAAUUUUUUGCUUCCACAUGUAGAUUGGUCGGCCAAGUGAUGUUUGGUCGUUGGGUUGUAUACUGUUUUUCAUGGCAUAUGGGAAGACGCCAUUUCAGCACAUAAAAAACAACUUUCAGAAGUGGAAUUGUAUCAUAGAUCCUAGUUAUGAAAUUAAAUUUCCUUAUAUCGAAAACCAAGAUCUUCUUGACUCAAUGAAGGUAUAGUAUUGUAGGUGGAGCACAAAUAGCUUUCUUGUGAUUGUUAAAUACCUCCAGUGAAGCAUCAUCAUCUAUUCUUGACGUGCUAUGGUUUCUUCAGAGUCCAUUCGACCCAGUCUUUCGCGUGAUAUAGGUAUUGUCGAGAUCUUGAUCUUGUGUCUGUCAGGAUUUCGCAUUUCCGGGGGAAUAAUUAAAGCGUCAGGUACGUUUGUCAAAUGAGGGGGUGUCGAACAAGACUUUGUAUUUCCUUCCAUCUGCUCAAGAUUUAAGAAGCUUUUUAUGAUGGAUUUUAUGGAUGAAAUUUUUAACCUCUGACGAUUCCUUUAUAAUUUUUCGGAGCUCAGUUUCAAAGAAUAUAGUUUGUUUCCCGACUGUAUUAAAGUUAGUUCAAUAAAGUCUGUCAAGAAAUAGUAAAUUUUGAAAGAACAGUUAAUCGCUUGCAAUGCCGAAAAUUUGAAUAUCCUGUAAAAUUGUGUGUUGAACUUCGAAUAACAUACAGAACUUGCAAAGGAGAAAUCCUCACCUUUAAUCUGGUUAGUUUGUACAUUUUCAAGAAACGUUGUUUUGCAAGUUAAACUCGACAGACGAACUGUUUUAUAACAAACGUAAUAUACUGUAUUUGCAGGUUCCGUGAGUCCGAGAUUGGACGCACCGAGGGUGGCUGGAAGUUUUCGCUCGGUGGGUUUGGGAAACGUCCAGCCACCCGAGGUGCUUCCAAUCCCGGACUCACCGAACCUGCAAGUAUGUUUGGUUUUUAUCACAUGCCAUUUCGAUUAAAAGUACUGAAGAAUUUUAUAGUAUAUAUUUAUUAAUUUCUUGUUUGGAUAAUGAACAUUUUAGCCGCCAACAUACUACGCAAAUAAACAAACUUAGGCUUAAAUUGAAGCUAAACAAAUUCUCUACAAUAUUCCCUUAUUCUUGGAAAGAGAAAAUGCACACAUUCUGCGAAAACAUUGCCAAGAUUUAUAUAAACCUGCCCGUGCCGAACAAAUUUCGGCGGCCAUCUUUCUUCUCUUCCACUUGAAUACAGAAUAUUCCAUUUUCAUCAAACAAAUAAAAAAAUAAUUAUAAAACAAUUAAAAACAGUUCAUUUAUUUUUAUUUAAAUCUUCGUCUGAAAUUUGUUCAAAUCACUUCAUAAUGGCCGCCGCCGAAACAUUGAUUUCGAACUCCCCUCCUAAACAUACGUCAGCAGGUAGGUUCGAGAUUGAACACACCUCCUCGUAAUGAGAUAAUGAGAUGAGCGGUGAGGUGUACUAAAGUUAAUCUGUGAUUUUAUUAUUUUAUUCAGGGAUGUCUAAGGAGAAAUCCCAGUGAACGAUAUACCAUUGCACAAUUGAAAUGUCAUCCAUUUCUUACAGGAAGAACAUCUGGUAA